CCAGUGUCAUGGAAUAUAAUGAAAGACUUGCUCGUUUUCGUCAGGGUCAUGUCAACCCAUUUGACAAGAGAGAGAUCGACAGCAGCACUGAGGGGAAGGAUCCUCCAAAACAUGAGGUGAGGUCGGAGAUCUUUUCCUCAGAAUCCAAAACUCAACGUUCAGACCGAGCAAUGGAUCUGGGUUUGGCCGAAGACCAUUUCUCUCAACCUGUGGGUUCGUUUGUGGCAUCUGAUGUAGACCAGCUAAAACAGGCCAUAGCAGAGUGCAAGAGACUGAUCCUGGAACUGCCAGAACAUUCAGAGAAACAGAAGGACACAGUCAUCAAACUGAUCCACCUUCGGCUCAAACUACAGGAAUUAAAGGACCCAGAGGAAGAUGAGCCGAACCUGCAGGUUCUAUUAGAGCAUCGAUUCUCAAAGGAGAAAAGCAAGAGUGUCAAACAGAUGUGUGACAAGUGUAGCACUAUCAUAUGGGGCCUCAUUCAGACCUGGUACACCUGCACAGGUUGUUAUUACCGUUGUCAUAGCAAGUGCAUGAAUCUUAUCAACAAACCAUGUGUGAGGUCAAAGGUCAGCCAUCAGUCUGAGUAUGAACUCAGCAUCUGUCCUGAAGUCGGUCUAGACAAACAGGACUACAGAUGUGCUGAGUGUCGGACACCCAUCUCUCUACGGGGUGUUCCUAAUGAGGCACGGCAGUGUGAUUAUACAGGUCAGUAUUACUGCAGCAGCUGCCACUGGAAUGACACGGCCAUUAUUCCGUCUAGAGUCAUACACAACUGGGAGUUCGAGCCCCGUAAGGUGUGUCGUACAUCAAUGCGCUAUCUUGCUUUGAUGAUAUCCAGGCCUGUGCUCAAACUGAAGGAAAUCAACCCUCUUCUCUUUAACUUUGUGGAGGAGCUGGUGGAAAUCAGAAAAUUACGUCAGGAUAUAUUGCUAAUGAAGCCAUAUUUCAUCACCUGUAAGGAGGCCAUGGAGGCCCGACUCCUGCUGCAUCUUCAAGAUCGCCAGCACUUUGUGGAGAAUGACGACAUGUACAGCCUACAGGAUCUGAUUGACACCUCCAGCGGGCGUCUCAGCUGUUCCCUUACUGAAAUUCACACAACUUUUGCCAAACAUAUUAAACUGGACUGUGAGAAAUGCCAGGCCAAAGGCUUCAUGUGUGAAUUGUGUAAAGAGGGUGACAUUCUCUUCCCAUUCGACAACCACACCUCUGUCUGUCAUGACUGUUUUGCUGUUUUCCACAGGGAUUGUUACUAUGAUAACUCGACCACAUGUCCGCACUGUGCAAGAAUGCUGGAACGGCAACAUGAGGAGUCUCAGAACCCAUAGAUGAGCCUGACAGAUGGAUGCAUCACAAAUACUGUGAAAGAUCUUCAGAGUCAGAACUUGUCUUAUAUUCAGUUUAUUUGUUCUUGAUGUUUUAACCAUGCUUCUGUCAGCUUCUGGACUGACAUUGAUGAAGUGUGAUCAGCAUAGCAGGAAAACCUCACAUUUUGAAAACUAUAUUCCCAUAAAUAUAGAACUGCUGGUUACUGUUACAUGUCUAAAGUCUAAAGAGAAAUAAUCUGUGUCAAACUUUAACAAUGGCAUGUUCCUCUUAAGAAUGUGACUGUGAGAUCUAUUUGAUUUCUUCCUACAUGUAAUCCUGGGUAGCAUGCUUUUUAAGGGACCAGGAAAAAAUACUACAAGGCUACACUAUGUUCUGCUUUAUAGUUAUAUCCCCGUAAUACACUGUGGUUUAAUGUAGUAGAUAAUAUGCUGAUAAUUUAUUAUAUGAUAAUUAAUGUUCUAGAACAAAUGCUGUGUAGCUAUUUCUGGUUUAAGAUGAUCUCAGAAUGGAGUCUUCUGUAAUGCAAUUACCUGGUGUAAAAUUGUAUCCUAUUAAAUGACAGAAUGCUAUUUAAUUGUCUCUGUAAUAACUGUGCAAGACAACAUAUAAA